AUGGAUUAUCUCGAAACGAUGAUCUACCAUCUGUCAAGGAUCUAUUUCCUUAUCAUGAAUCUGAUAUUCGACCUAGUCAAUUUUUUCAAUACGAAACGGGUAGUUCCACCAACUCACGAUGGCUUGCUUAUGAUUAGCGCAACAGAAGCUGUGAGAAAAAUCAGCAAAAGGGAGAUUACAUCAAGGGAACUUGUACAAGCCUAUGUCCAUCGCAUUGGGCAGGUAAACCAUAUUCUCAAUGCUGUUGUCGUUCGGAUAUUCGAUGAAGCACUCAAGAAAGCCGUCGAAGUUGACAAAGAGAUAGCAGACAUGGAUGACGAGCGAUUAGCGCAGCACAUAAAAUCCAAGCCACUUCUGGGCGUUCCGUUCACGGUAAAAGAUACCGUCAAAGUGGAAGGUCAGAUAAUCACCUGUGGUGUGUAUUCGCAAAGGGACAAAAGGUGCACAAGAUCUGCUGAAGUCAUCAAAAGGAUGGAAGCAGCUGGUGCUAUCCUCAUUGCUAUUACAAAUGUGCCCGAAGUAGCCAGUUGGGUGGAAUCUUCAAAUGGGAUUUACGGUCGAACGAACAAUCCAUACGAUUCUAGAAGGAUUGCCGGAGGCAGCAGUGGUGGUAAAGGAGCUCUGAUCUCAGCAGCAGGCAGUGUGGCAAGUAGAAAGAUUAAUUCGAUUGGUAUUGGUAGCGACAUUGCAGGUAGUAUUCGUAUACCAUCGUUCAUGAGUGGUGUAUUUGGCAUCAAGCCAACGCCAGGUGUUGUCCCACUCGAUGGACAUGUUCCUGCGGUAAAAGAGCACACAUUUCAUGAGCAGAUGUUAUGUAUAGGACCAAUAUGUCGCUAUGCCGAGGAUCUUCCACUCAUGAUGAAGGUAAUGGGAGCCGAAAGUGCUAAAAAUCUGCGUCUGCGAGAUGAAGUCGAUUUCAAGAAAAUUCGCGUUUAUUAUAUGGAGGGCAUAAACAGCGCCAAAAUGGAAACAUUGAGUUCGGAGAUGAGGGAGGCUUUACUUGAGGUUGUCUCCUACUUUGAAAAGAAGUUUGAUUUGGAAGCGAUUCGAAUCGAUCUACCAAUUGCUACGAUGGCAAUUGAGAUGAUAUCCAGUAGUAUAAAAGUUGAGGAUCAUCCAACGCUGGCUCAAGCGCUCUUGAGCCUUAAUGGAGACCAGGGAAGUCUAAACUGGAUGACGGAGUUGCCUAAGCUACUCAUUGGGAAAUCCGUUCAUACUCCAGGUUCUCUUUUAAUGACGUUUUUCGAAAGCAUGGACAAUGGGACUGAGCAACAAAGAAUAGAGUUCCGCCAACUCCGUGAUCGCAUGACUCGUCAACUAACAGAACUCCUGGGCGACAAUGGCAUUCUUCUCUUCCCUUCGUGGCCUAGAACAGCUCCGUACCAUAAUCAACCCGUCUUUGCUCCAUUUGAUUUGGCAUAUACGGGUCUUUACAAUGCUUUGGCACUCCCGGCAAUUACUUGUCCAUUGGGAUUGGACAGCGAAGGAUUACCGCUUGGAGUUCAGGUGAAUGGAAUCAUCAACGCGGUUGUUGUUCGACUAGACGAUGAAGCAGUCAAGAAAGCCGCCGAAGUUGAUAGAGAAAUUGGAGGAAUGGACGAUGGCCAGCUCGCAGAGCACAUAAAGUCCAAACCGCUACUAGGAAUUCCUUUCACGAUGAAAGACUCGAUGAUGGUGGAAGGACAGGUUAUAACUAGUGGUAUCUAUCUACAUCGAGAGAACAGAUGCGUUAGAACUGCUGAAGUCAUCAAGAGAAUGGAAGCUGCUGGUGCUAUUCUGAUGGCUAUUACAAAUGUGCCUGAGGCUUGUUAUUGGAUAGAAUCUAACAAUGCGAUUUAUGGCCGAACGAGAAAUCCGUACGAUUCGAGAAGGACUAGCGGAGGAAGCAGCGGCGGCGAAGGUGCUUUAAUCUCUGCUGCAGGCAGUGUGAUAGGAGUCGGAAGUGAUCAUGCUGGUAGCAUCCGUGUACCAUCAUUUUUCAAUGGUAUUUUCGGGAUUAAGACCACACCAGGUAUAAUUCCAAACGAUGGGCAUAUUCCCCUGUUAAGAGAUUUCCAAGCGAAAAUGCAAUGCAUAGGGCCAAUGUGUCGCUAUGCUGAAGACCUACCUGUAAUGAUGGAGGUAAUGACUGGUGAAAAAGCAAAGGAUCUACAUCUAAGAAACGAAGUGGAUUUCAAAAACAUUCGCAUUUUCUAUAUGGAGGGCAUUCACAGCCCCAAAAUGGAGACCUUGAGCAGUGAGAUGAAGGAUGCACUACAUAAGGCUGUGUCUUUCUUUGAACAAAAAUUCGAUUUGCAAGCAAACCAAGUUGAUCUACCUAUUGCCAAAGCUGCAGUGGAGAUAUUAUUCAGAAGUUUGCAAGUCAAGAAUGUCCCAACACUGUCCGAACAGCUCGUUAGCCUUAAUGGGGACAAAGGAAGCGUAAAUUGGAUGAAAGAGGUUCCAAAGCUACUCCUAGGAAGAUCUACUCACACACCAGCUGGCGUAUUCAUGUCGUUUUUCGAAAGUAUGGACCAUAGCACUGAAGAGACUAAAGAAAAGUACCGCCAAAUGCGUGACCGCUUGAUCAAGGAACUUACCGAUCUCCUCGGCGACAAUGGAAUCCUUCUCUUCCCUUCAUGGCCUAGAACAGCUCCGUUCCAUAAUCAACCCAUCUUUACGCUCGAUGUUGGGUACACGGGUCUCUUCAAUGCUUUGACAGUCCCAGCAGCUUCAUGUCCAUUGGGACUUGACAGCAAUGGGUUACCGCUCGGGGUUCAGGAAAUGAACUACUCUGAAACAAUUAUCUACCUUCUAUCAAGGAUCUAUUUCCUAAUUAUGAAUCUGAUAUUCGACACGAUUAAUUUCUUUAAAACUAAACAAACAGUGCCAGCGCCAUCCGAUGAUCUGCUAAUGAUGAGUGCAACGGAAGCGGUUAGGAAAAUCAGCCGGAGAGAGGUAAAUGGGAUUAUCAAUGCUGUUGUCGUUCGACUAUUCGAUGAAGCAAUCAAGAAAGCUGCCAAAAUUGACAAAGAAAUAGCAGAGAUGGACGACGCACAACUCACAGAGCACAUACAGUCCAAACCACUAUUGGGAAUUCCCUUCACAGUCAAGGAUGCAGUAGAAGUGGAAGGACAAAUAAUCACCUGUGGAGUUUAUCUACACAAAGAGAACAGAGCCAGUAAAACUGCGGAAGUCAUCAAAAGAAUGGAAGGAGCUGGCGCUAUCCUAAUUGCUAUUACGAAUGUACCUGAGGCUUGUUUUUGGGUUGAGUCUUCAAAUGGAAUUUACGGUCAGUCGAAAAAUCCAUACGAUUCAAGAAGGGCCACUGGAGGAAGCAGUGGUGGUGAAGGAGCAUUGAUCUCUGCUGCAGGCAGUGUGAUUGGUAUUGGAAGCGACAUUGGUGGAAGUAUUCGUAUACCGUCAUUUAUGAAUGGUAUAUUUGGCAUAAAAGCUACACCAGGUAUCAUUCCUCUCGACGGGCACGUUCCCAUGGUAAAAGAUUUCCAAGAGCAAAUGUUAUGCAUAGGACCAAUGUGUCGCUAUGCUGAAGAUUUACCGCUAAUGAUGGAGGUAAUGGGUGGUGAAAAUGCAAGGAAACUGAACAUACGAGAUAAAGUGGAUUUCAAAAACGUUCGCAUUUUUUAUAUGGAGGGCAUACACAGCCCUAAAAUGGAGACAUUGAACAGUGAGAUGAGGAAAGCACUAUUGAAGGCUGUCUCCUACAUGGAGCAAACGUUUGAUUUGGAAGCAAUCCGAAUAGAUCUACCUAUUGCCACAAUGGUCAUUGAAAUGUUGUUCACAAGCUUGCAGGCUGAGGGUCCAACACUAUCCGAGCAACUUAUAAGUCUAGAUGGAGACAAAGGAAGUCUGAACUGGAGGACAGAAGUACCAAAAUUGCUAUGCGGAAAGUCUGUUCACACUCCAGGUGCUUGCUUCAUGUCAUUUUUCGAAAGUAUAGACAGAACUACAGAAGAGGAAAAAGCAGAGUACCGUCGAUUACGUGAACGCAUGACUAGACAACUUACCGAACUCCUUGGUCAUGAUGGCAUUCUUCUUUUUCCAACGUGGCCUAGAACAGCUCCGUACCACAAUCAGCCUGUCUUUGCUCCAUUCGAUCUCGGAUACACGGGUCUCUUCAAUGCUUUGACGCUUCCAGCGGUAGCGUGUCCAUUAGGACUGGAUAGCCAUGGAUUACCACUGGGAGUUCAGGUAGUCGGAUCUCACAACUCGGAUCGGCUACUUAUUGCGGCAGCACAACAGCUAUCAAAAGCGUUCGGUGGUUGGACUCCGGCCUGGACUUCAUGAUUGGAGAUCAACAGAAGAUCAACCUAUGAUCUGAUCUACUGAUGGAUAUUCUGGCAUUACUGUGAUAUGAUGCGGCCUUAUUUCAAUGUUGGCGACUCGAAUUCCUAGGUUCUUUCUCGAUUCCCAAGUAUAAAACUAUAUACUGCC